CCUCAACCUUCGCAGCGUAAAGCCUCAGAAUCUGUCUAUCCCAGUAUCUGUGCGUUGUUCGUGUCGUCGUGGUCAAUGCGAUAGUAUCGACCAGUGUAAUACGAUAAUCUGUUUCUUCACUGUCUCUUUGUGUCACGACAUCAUCUCUCGAACAUUUGCAACAUGCCGAACGCGAAAGCAUCUUCGAGCACGGGAGGCAGACCUGCAAAGAAACGCAAGUUCAUAUCUAGAAGACAUCUACGAAAGUAUUCAUGGUUGCCAGAUGUUUUGCGCUUAAAGAAUAGCAUCGUGUACCAUAUUUUCUUUCCUGUUUUGACGAUGACGAUUCUGGCGAUCGCUGUGGCAUACCUGUCCCACAGCGGCAAGUCUGUGAGCAUCACGAACUCCGUCACGCCUUUGUUAGCUGUUGUGGUCGGUCUCAUCCUGGUGUUUAGGUAUGGAACCUCUUAUGAUCGUUACUACGAAGGUCGAAAGACCUUUGGUUCCCUGACCUCCAAUGUCCGCAAUCUUUCCCGUCUCAUCUGGAUAUAUGUCUCCUUCCCACCCCAGGACGACGUCGUCAAGGGCAAAUCUCCAACACCAUCUCUCACACCAACCCAACUCAGCCAGCGGAAAGCUGAAAUGCUCAAACUCUGUCUCACGUUCGCCUAUGCCGUAAAACAUUACCUGCGCGAGGAAGAUGGCCUGAACUGGAACGAUUACAUCGGUGUCGUACCACACUCUUUCCUCAAGGUUCACGAUCCCCGUACGAGAUCGACUUCGGCGGCUUCUUCGACAAGGAAAGGUACAUAUAACGCAACUGAUGUACUGGCUAGUCCUGAGGAUUCCAGGUCCGGGAGCAUGGAAAGACUGAUCGGGAGGACUGCUGACGUCGAACAAGGGGAUAUGGAGGAAACUCCGGCAGCGACGAAAAGGGUGAGGGUGAAGAGGAGCAAAGAUAAGAUACCCACAGCGAGGACGGCUCUCUUGGGCCCUGAGUACCAGACCAUCACCUUUGACUCGCACACGGAAUCGACGAUACCUCUCCCGCUUGUAGUUGCACACGAAAUCACGCGGUACCUUUUCGCAUUCCGUCGAGAAGGUUAUCUCGAAACUGUCGGUCCUGCUGGUACCAACUCUAUGAACCUGAUUGUCCAGAGCAUGGUCGACCAAAUGACCUCACUUGAACGCAUAGCGAACACGCCCAUUCCCAAAUCCUACGGUAUUCAUCUCAAGCAAUGCGUCUUCCUGUACCUAUUCGCGCUCCCUUUCACCCUCGUCAAAGAGCUCGGCUGGGCCAUGGUCCCUGUCGUGACAGUCGUCGCUUUCACAUUAAUGGGCAUUGAGGGUAUAGCGGAGGAAAUUGAGAUGCCCUUCGGCUAUGACGACUCUGACCUUCCACUCGACCGAUACUGUUUGGAUCUCAAAGAAGAGGUUGAGUACAUCAUCAACAGGCUGUCCGAGGGAGGUCAAGGUGGCAACUGGCAUGAUGACGGAGAGGGAGACGAUUGAUGACGAAGAAUUGACGACCAGCUAACGAAUUUCAUACCCACCCACAAUUGUAAACAUCGCAUAUGGAAAUCUUGGAAUCUCAUGC